AUGGCCAGCAUGCUACAUGUCGCUGCUCGAAAGGGGAACAUCUAUUCGCUUAACAAUCCCAAUAGCCUCUUUGAGGAUGCAGCUUUUGGGCAGGAGACAGGGCAAAGCAUCCAGAUCUGGCUUGAGGCUUGCAAACGGCGCAAGUUGAACCCUCGCUUCGUGACUGCAUUCCGCACAUUUACAGACGCAAAAUUGUCUCGUGGCCAGCAGAGCUCCGUCAGCGGCUCAGGAAAGGCCACGAUACCAGUUAGCACCGCGCAGGGAGACCCCUCUGGCGCGGCUGAUAUUGAGGCCGAAGCUGGUCAUGAAACGCACAGUGAUGCGAAGGGCGAUAUGAUGACACCGGGUGAGCGCGUCUACGCGAUAUGCUACCGCAAGAUCAACAUCUCCCGCCGUAAAGGCAAACUCAUGCCUUCACUUGAGCCAAAAAACAAAUGGGAACCAUUCGCGACAACCCGUGGCGAGUCACCGGAAGAAUAUUUCCAGGCUGACUUAUUGGACGCAGACGAUACCGACGGAUGCGAGGUACAUGAGUUGAAGAACCGGGGAGGACGGAAGAUUUACUUUGGCAUUUUGGAGCCGUCGUAUGAAAAGGCAGACUGUUGCGAUUGA